UCGAUUUUCGGGGUUUGGAAAACAUAAACAAUCUCUGGAUGCUGCGCAGCGCGCGCUUUUUACUCUCAGUCACCCGGCAACUUGUACCUCGUGCGGUAGUACACCAGCCCCUCGCACGUGCACACUACUGUGGCGUAAAACUACCCGCUUCAAACAACCAUUCGAAAUCCAGCAUGGCUCCUCAACUCCUGCCGGCCGCAUCCGGCGAGCUGAUCGUGAAAAAUGCUCGCCAUCUCACCGUCCACGAGGAGGCGAUCGAAAAGCUAGCGGACCGUGUCAUCCGCGGCAUCAAGGAGAAGGAAAUUAACAUUGAAAACUUCUCCCAGCACGAGCACCACCCGACGGCGAAGGAUGCACACGCGCCCAACUGGAUCUUUCUGAUCGAUACGCUUAACUUUUGCUUCUGGACGCCGGGAAGCGACGCCACCAAGUGGAAGGUGGACGGCCAAACCGGAUACUUUGCGCUGUGUGCCGCUAUCAAUCGGGCCAUGCGCGAAGGCAUCGACAUCACCAACCCGGCGUACUAUGCAAAGAUAACGCUCGAGCAGCUCGAAUCGAUUCUACGAUCGGACACGGAAGGCACGAAGGCACCGCUGCUGGAAGAGCGGGUGCAAUGUCUGCACGAAGUAGGCCGCGUACUGCUCGACCGGUACGAGGGACGGUUCGAAAACUGUGUCCGCGCGUGUGAAGGUUCCGCGGUGAAGCUACUCCAGCGCGUCGUGGAAGAUUUCCCCUGCUUCCGGGACGAGGCCAUCCUCGAGCAUGAAGCCGAUGGUGCAACGAUCGAGACACGUGUUUCGUUCUACAAGCGUGCGCAGAUCUUGGUGGGAGAUCUGUGGUCCUGCUACCGGGGGGAGGGAUUGGGCCGGUUCGAGGACAUCGAUGCGAUUACAAUGUUUGCCGACUACCGGGUGCCGCAGGUGUUGGUCCACUUCGGCACGCUCGCGUACGGGGACGAGCUGAUGGCAGUGCUGAAGGAGGAUAAACUGCUCGCGAAUGGAUGCCGCGAGGAGUUGGAAAUUCGUGGCGCAUCCAUCUACGUGGUGGAGCGGUUGAAGGUGCUGGUGCGGGCGAAGCUGCUCACCGACCAUCCGGACAUUAAGCCGAGCUGCGUCAAUGCGAUCCUGCUCGACCAUUUCCUGUGGGACUAUCGGCGGAAGCACGCGGCCGAGCUGGAGUACAUUCCGUUCCACAAGACGAUCAGCGUUUACUAUUGAGCGAGCCACGAUCAAGUGAUCGAGUGUGGAAUUUGGUAAAGAUCUGCAUCUUCAUUUGUGUGUGUAAGGGAGUUAUGAAGAUCAAUAAAAUUGGCAGCAUGCUCAUAUCUUAACAAAGCAAAUAUUUUUAAUUAUUUUUGAUUAAUAAGUAAAUGAAUAAUAUUCGCUUACCUGUUCAAUCCAGUCCAUUUCCAAUUUGCAAGUUUUCAAGAAUCAAUUUUCUCAUUUUCUUCAAUGCUUUUCUGGGUGUUUUUGAUACACUUUAAUAAACUAUAAUCCGUUUCGCUUCGCUUGGAAUGUUCCUAUUAUCAUCAUCAUCAUCAUCAUCGUUAUUAUUGGUUUGUAACUGUUCCAUUACUAUGCGCGAUUUUUGUUAUCUUUUACCAUCGGACUGUUUGUGUGUUUAUGUUGUGUUCCGGGGUUCGGUUUUCACAGUCUACACAUUUGCCAAACCCGGGAACUACGGUUUAUUUACACGAAAUAUAUAAUAUACGAUAACAAAGGACUACUACCUUCGGGCGGCGGCGCUGUACCUUCUUUCAGCAAUGCUUUUUUGCCUUUACUGCAUGCCAGAGAAAGCCGCUCUGGCUGUGGUUUAAUUUCCUCCGCACAGAUAAAAACAGGUAGAUUAACGUAUCAACUACUUAUGCCAGCAUGCACACUCGGCCUGUUUUUCAAUAAUGGAUACUACGCUCUUGUAUGGAAUAAGGGGGAUGUUCGGGUGCCGAGCUGCUUCACCUUAUGGAAUACAGUAUUAGAAUUUUGCACAUACAAGUAUAACAGAGACGGGAUACUUCUUUUUUGAUUUUGAUUUUUCAUUUUACGCCUUCCGAUAACUUCUAUUCGAUCAGCAUCGAACGACAGGAGGGGCGGCUUUUAGGGAUGUUUCUUUUGUUUUCUGCCGAAAGUUCUUACACUAUACGAUCGACUGUAAUUAUUGUUUUACCACCACGGCAACACAAGUAAGAGGGUGGGUGUUUCUACGCAAGCAUCAUGAGGGUGUUCAAUAUGUGUUCUUUCGAUGCACAAACCACAAGCGCUCGCUUCUGUACACAUUCACAGCAGGGGCCAUUAACAACAGCAAUAUACGUUCAAAAAAGAGAAACGAUUUGAUAGAGUUUGCAUGUAACAACAACGGUACGAUCAUAUUGUUCGGUUUUGCUUUGCUCGAUGACGGUUUUGCCAAAACCCGACAGUGACACGAGAUAAUACUUUGAUCCUAACACACGUAUGCAAAAGGGAUGAUGUUUGCCGAGUCGCUCGAGGAAGCUUGCGCUCGAUUUUAUCCUCGUAUCUUGGGCAUCAGGGGACUUGGAAACUCGGAGGGAAGGGAAUACGGAGGGAUGGAAAGUUGUUGAUUUUCCUUUUUCCCCUCCGUUGCAACGCCAAACCAGCCAACGUUUGGGAUUAUGUUUUUGUGUGUGUUUUUUCUCCUUUUCUCUCUGUUUCAUAUGUCGCCUAUUAGUUGUUAAGCCCAAGCACGCGCGAUUUGCUUCAACUUCAAGUCGAAGCACCUAAAUACGAAAUGUGCUUUCGUAAAGGGAUCUUAUUAAAAGUCUAGACGUGUGACAUCCUACGAAAACUGUACUAAAUACGGAUACCGAAAAACGAGUGAAAAA